CUGGCCGCCUGUAAGAGAUUGGAUUUAUAGAUCCUCUUCAGGUCUUCGUCCAGUCUCCCUCACUCUCACGAACAGAAGCAAACUUCAUCCCGUAAUUUUUCAUUUCCCUCCCUCGAUUCCCCCAAUUUACAUAAUCUCCUCAAUUGUAUUCCCUUCUAUUAAGCAACCGACGGUAUCAGUUCUUAAAUUGACUUACUGGAUCCCGGUGAGAUCUAGGGUUUUUUUUGGGGGAGGUUCAAAUGCAGAGACCGAGCAGGUAUCUGACGAGAUCGAACACGCUGACGAGAGAGAGGGAGAAAAGGGGAUUGGAUUCUGGCGGCGAUGGCGACGAAUUGAGUCCUGAGCCCAAGAGGCACAAGCCUCCGGCUCUCGCAAGUGUGAUUGUGGAAGCUCUCAAGGUGGAUAGUUUGCAGAAAUUAUGUUCGUCAUUGGAGCCCAUUCUUCGCCGAGUUGUUAGUGAAGAAGUGGAGCGUGCUCUAGCAAAGUUGGGUCCUGCUAAGGUUGGAGGCAGGUCUUCCCCAAAACGGAUAGAAGGGCCAGAUGGAAGAAAUCUCCAGCUGAAUUUUAGGUCAAGGUUAUCCAUGCCACUUUUCACAGGAGGAAAGGUUGAAGGGGAACAAGGAGCUGCAGUCCAUGUUGUAUUGCUUGAUGCAAACACUGGGCAUGUCGUAACAUCAGGGCCAGAAUCAUCUGCUAAACUAGAGGUUGUUGUGCUCGAUGGUGAGUUUAACAAUGAAGAUGACGAGGAUUGGACUGAAGAAGAAUUUGAGAGUCAUGUUGUAAAAGAGAGGGAAGGUAAGCGACCGCUUUUAACUGGUGACCUGCAACUAUUGCUUAAAGAAGGCGUAGGGACCCUUGGGGAGCUCACGUUCACUGACAAUUCCAGCUGGAUAAGGUGUAGAAAAUUUAGGCUCGGCGUAAAGGUUGCUUCAGGCUAUUGUGAAGGUAUCCGGGUUCGGGAGGCAAAAACAGAAGCUUUUCCAGUUAGGGAUCACAGAGGGGAAUUAUACAAGAAACACUAUCCACCUGCCUUAAAUGAUGACGUCUGGAGAUUGGAAAAAAUUGGCAAGGAUGGUGCAUUUCAUAAAAGGUUGAAUAAGGCUGGAAUCUACACAGUUGAAGAUUUCCUCCGUCUUGUUGUUAGGGAUUCACAUAGAUUGCGGAAUAUCCUUGGAAGUGGCAUGUCAAAUAGGAUGUGGGAAGUCCUUGUUGAACAUGCGAAGACAUGUGUCAUGGGUGGAAAAUAUUAUAUAUAUUAUUCUGAUGAUACAAGGAGUGUUGGUGCAAUAUUUAACAACAUAUAUGAGUUUACUGGUCUGAUUGCUGGUGGGCAGUACUACUCGGCUGAAUCUCUGAAUGACAGCCAGAAGGUCUUUGCUGAUGCUUUGGUGAAAAAAGCAUAUGAUAACUGGAUGCAUGUCAUAGAAUAUGACGGUAAGGCUCUUCUAAGCAUACAACAGAGCAAGAAGGCAAGUCAAAAUGAAUUACCAGCUCCAGAAAAUUAUCACUCUUCUUAUGAUCAACAAGUCUCUCAGCCAAGUAUACCAGUUCCUGCUAUUAUGGAGCAGCCUUCAAUUAAUCCAACAGUUGGAGGUGGUGGUUAUGAGGACCACGUGGCUAAAUACCCAGCUCAUUCGCAGCAUAUCACCCCUAACGUCCAGAUGCAUUUCAGUAGCACUUCAUUUGCUCCAACAAACCAAUUUGGCAAUUCUCAGCAAAAUCAGGUUGCAUCCAAAGACAGCAUGGGUCUAGCUCUGGGCCCACCCCAACAGAGCUUAGAGUACAAUCCACUCAGCAGUCAGCAUGCACAGUCUGCAAACCCUAAUCCCUAUGAUGACUGGUCUCAUCAAAGGGACAACCGUGGAGGUGGUGUUGAUGAUUUUCUUACAGAGGAUGAAAUCAGAAUGAGAAGCCAUGAGAUGCUUGAGAAUGAAGAUAUGCAACAUUUACUUAGAGUCUUCAGCAUGGGUGGAGGUUCUGUUAAUUUACCUGAAGACGGUUUUGGGUUUCCGUCCUAUAUGCCUUCCCCUUGCCCGAACUUUAACUUUGAUGAUGAUCGCAGCCGUUCAUCUGGUAAAGCUGUGGUUGGAUGGCUCAAGAUCAAAGCUGCCAUGAGGUGGGGCAUAUUUAUUAGGAAAAAAGCAGCAGAGAGAAGAGCUCAGCUUGUUGAGCUGGAUGAUUAGUGAAUUUUGAUUGGGAAUGAAGAUAUGCCCGUAUGUAUGUAUGCUAUCGAACUAUGAUGAUAGAUCCUUGUACACUAAUCGUGUAUGUAAUUUAAUUUGCAUCAGUUAGAUUCUCGAAUGAAUUUUCUAUUGUUACUCUGGAUAAUUUUCACGUUAUGUAAAUGUAAUUGACUGAAGUGAGCCUGAUGACUUUAGAUCAGGCAGACAAAAUAAUUUUCCAUA